GUGUGGGGAGCGCGGCCGGAAGGCCCCGCAGCGGCGCGCGAUGCUCAACUGCCUGGUCUCUCAGCAAGAUCCCUCAGGGGCAGGCCAGGGAAGGAAGGUUGGAAGGAACAGCACUGUGAACACCGAGGCUGAAUCAGGGUCAGGGGAGGAAGACAGCCGCCAUGCUGCAGCCACUGCUAAUGUACCAGAGAACCGCCAUGGUGGAUCUGUGUUAUCUGGGCAUCAAAUGCCAGGUUUUAAGGGCUCAGAGAUGAUGGUUGAGAAUUCCAGAGUUUGUGUCCUCAGGCUCUCUCUUGGUGACUUGGGCAAUUCACUUCUGCCAGCCUCAGUUUCCCCUUGUGGAGCAUGCAAAUGAGAUCAGCACCCCCUGCUCAGGCUGUUUCAGGUGGUGAGAGAUAAUAGGUCUGCGGUGGUACUUAGUGCUUAGUGCCACUAGGUACUGCACCUCGCCCACCGCAGCAGGAGUUUUCCGUCACACCAGUCCUUGCAGGCUGUGAGAGCCAGGCCUGGUCCCUGAGGAAUCAGAAGGCAUGGGGGGGGGGGGUCGUCCAGAGCAGCCCUCCCCACCUGUCCUCUGGAACGGAUCCACUUCUCUCUCUGCCUCUACAACUUUCCAUUCCUUGCAGGUCUUGUUGUUACCCGGCCCACCUGACAUGUGCAGGGGGGCCCACCCCUGAAUCCAGAUGACGCUCAUGCCGAUGGCGUCAGUGAUGGCGGUGACCGAACCAAAAUGGGUCUCGGUCUGGGGCCGUGUCCUGUGGCUGACACUGCUGAGCAUGGCCCUGGGGUCGCUGCUGGCCUUGCUGCUGCCGCUGGCGGCAGUGGAGGAGCGCUGCUUGGCUGUGCUCAAAGGCUUCUACCUGCUCAGCAGCAAACUGGACAGGGCGCAGCACGCCACCCCCAAGCGCACCAGCCUGUCCACGGAGCUCAGCAUCACCUCCAGGAACUCGGGGCUGUUAGUGGUCAAAACCAAGGCAUCUCCAGCAGGCAAGCUAGAAGCCAGAGCAGCUCUGAACCAAGCGCUGGAGAUGAAGCGCCAGGGCAAGCGGGACAAAGCACGCAAGCUCUUCCUGCACGCCCUCAAGAUGGACCCGCAUUACGUGGAUGCCCUCAACGAGCUGGGCAUCUUCUCAGAAGAGGACAAGGACAUCAUCCAGGCGGAUUACCUGUACACCCGGGCUCUGACCCUCUCCCCCUUCCACCAGAAGGCGCUGGUCAACCGGGAGCGGAUGCUGCCGCUGGUGGAGGAGAUCGACCAGCGGUAUUUCAGCACCAUCGACGGCAAGGUCAAGAAGCUCUUGUCUAUCCCCAAGGACAGCUCUGCGCUGCGCCGCGUCCUGGAGGAGACGUACUACCACCACAUCUACCACACGGUGGCCAUCGAGGGCAACACCCUCACGCUGUCGGAGAUCAGACACAUUCUGGAGACCCGCUACGCCGUGCCGGGCAAGAGCCUGGAGGAGCAGAACGAGGUGAUCGGCAUGCACGCCGCCAUGAAGUACGUCAACACCACACUGGUGUCGCGCAUCGGAUCCGUCACGGUGGACGACGUGCUGGAGAUCCACCGACGGGUGCUGGGGUACGUGGACCCGGUGGAAGCCGGCAGGUUUCGGAGGACCCAGGUAUUGGUGGGACAUCACGUGCCUCCCCAUCCGCGGGAGGUGGAGAAGCAGAUGCACGAAUUCCUGCAGUGGCUCAACUCGGAAGACGCCAUGAACCUGCACCCGGUGGAGUUCGCCGCCCUGGCUCACUACAAGCUGGUGUACAUCCACCCGUUCAUCGACGGCAACGGCAGGACCUCGCGGCUGCUGAUGAACCUCAUCCUCAUGCAGGCCGGCUACCCGCCCAUCACCAUCCGCAAGGAGCAGCGCUCCGAGUACUACCACAUGCUGGAGGUCGCCAACGAGGGCGACGUGCGCCCCUUCAUCCGCUUCAUCGCCAAGUGCGCCGAGAGCACCCUGGACACGCUGCUCCUCGCCACCACCGACUACUCCGUGGCACUGCCAGAAGCCACGCCCAACCAUUCAGGGUUCAAGGAGACACUCCCCAUCCGGCCCUGACCCUCGACGUCGUUUUCUUCUCCCUAGGCAAAGAGGGAACCAAAGAAAAUGCCAUUUCUAGAAAACCUAGUUCUGCAAAAACAGACCUUUAAAUAAUCUUUAUCUCCAGAUGGUUUUUUCUGUUGUUGGUGGGUUUUGUGUUUUUAAGUUAAAAAAAGAAAAAGUUAAGUUAUAUAUGUUCUCUAAAGUAAUUUAUAAUCCAGCAAUGUUAUUUAUUUGCUUCUUUGGAGUGAGCUACCUAUGGGGGGGGAGGGAGGUCCUUUGUGGCCAUGCUGGUAGCAGCUGUGGGUGAUCAGGACGCAGGUUGUGGGCAGAAUUUGCACUAAGGUCAGGGUGGGAGGCAGAGCUGGUGGGAGCAGAAGGAACGGAACCCCAGGUUUCUGUCUGAAAUGGUCCUGUGGUGGUUAGAACCAGGAAGCAAGCCGUGCUGGGGAGAAGCGAGCCCAUCUGCUCGCCGAGAUUUCUGCCUCUCCAUCCAGACGGCUCUGGUGGCUUUCCCCGCCUCUCCAGACCGGAAGUGAAUGCAGACAUUUGCAUUCGAUGCCUUACUCAUUUCCAAGGAGAUCUUUGAGCCAUGUGAGUGCCAGAAGCUAUUAUUUUCAUAAUGAGACUAUUUUUCUAAUUCAGAGGGAGGCGGCAGCUUUGGUUUUGUUUUCCUUACAUUUCAUUUGUAGUAGCUCAAACCAGAAGCUUCUUUUAGUGUAAAAGCUCUCUGGGCUGGCUCCCCAGUAACUGCUGUGGGUUCUUGACCCACAAAUGGAAGAAUCUGGCAGGCAGGGGGCUGGGAUCAAGGCCCUGGAUCUCAUCCCCAGCACUUCCAAGAAAAAAAAAGG